AUGCUGGACGUGGUGAAGAUGAAGGAGGCGUGCAGGAUCUGCGCCCGCGAGCUCUGCGGUAACCAACGGCGAUGGAUCUUCCACCCGGCCGCCAAACUCAACCUGCAGGUGCUGCUGUCUCACGCCGUCGGCCGCGAGCUCAGCCGGGACGGCCGCGGCGAAUUCGCCUGCUCCAAGUGCGCCUUCAUGCUGGACCGGAUGUACCGCUUCGACACGGUGAUCGCCCGGGUGGAGGCGCUGUCUCUGGAGCGGCUCCACAAGCUGCUGCUGGAGAAGGACCGGCUGCGGCAGUGCAUCGGGGGAAUGUACCGGAAGAAUAACGCUGAUGAUGAAGGCGUGGUGGCGGCGGUUGGUUCCUGCGUAGCGGUUGCUGUCGCCGCCGCCGCCGCCGCCGUGGUGGAGCCGCCGCCUGAAGACUCUCCUGUGGUGGAUCUAUCAGACUUACAGGAAGUGAGAUACUCGGAUAUGGUGCAGGAUGAUCUGGUGUACUCUGUGUAUGAAUCCUGGGCUGAUAAAGAAGAUCCCGCCUUGGAUCAGCACCAUCACGUCCAUCACUGCACCGGAGCCGAGCCCGUCCCCGGUCAGAAGCCGCGGCGCUGCAGAGGGUGCGCGGCGCUCCGAGUGGCGGAUUCAGACUACGAGGCGGUGUGUAAGGUUCCUCGGAGGGUCGGACGUAGGAGCACAUCCUGCGGCCCAUCCACGCGCUACUCAACAGGAGUUCCGGGUGCAGAAGACGCCACCAGAACCGAAUCAGAUGUGACCUCCUCAAUCCCGUUUGAGUCCGAACUGGACGCCGAUAAAACCGCGUGUGACAGAACCAGUUUGAGCCCGGCGUCGUCUGCGGACUCUCUGCACACCGCCGUGGACGUGAGCUCGCAGCCACCGAUCCACAAAGACAGAGAGGAGAUGGAGACAGAGAAGGAGAAAGAUCCAGAGGAGGCUGCAGAGAGGAGGGACCCACCCCAGGAUGAGAGCUCUGUUUCUGGGCUGGAGGUGGUGCUGAGCCUCCUGAAGGGUUGGGAGUACCGGCCGGUGAAACCUCGCCGGGGCAGCAAACUCCCAGUCCUGGUUAAAGCCAAACUGGAGCAGAGCCUGUCGCUGACCCUGCCCGUCCUGCUGAGAGGGUCCUGUGGGGGGGUGGGGGCGGGGGAGGGGGAGGGGUGCGAGCUGUACCCCCACCAGCGUGUGCCGGAGGUCGUGACCCCGUGUCCUCAGCAGGAGCUGCAGGCGGAGCUGGAGGAGAUGGAGCAGCAGUGGUUGGAUGAUUAUGUUCAGUGCGGGCCGUUCCGCUUUCAGCAGCGGGUGAUUGACGAGCAGCAGGGUCAGCUCAUCCAGUACGAGAGCGCUGCAGGCGAGUGUGUCGGCGAGCUGCAGAAAGCUCAGAACCAAGUUCGCUCUCUGCAGGCCAAGAUCAGAGAGAGCGAGAGCAGGAACCAGAAGCUUCAGGAGCGUCUGGGUGAGAUGGAGCUGGAGCUGCGGUCGGCCGGAGAAGAAGCUCAACAGCAGGAGAGAAACAUCCAGAACAUCAGCGACACUGUCAACUCCAAGGAGGCAGAGGCUGCAGAGCUGUAUCGGGUGAUCGAGGAGCAGAAUAAGAUGCUCUGUUCUCUCAAAGAUCUGGCCAACCGCAGCCAGCUGCAGCAGCUGCAGGCGUCUGGAGCCGAGUCUAUCCGAGGUCACGGUGAGGUUCUGGGUCUGCAGGCGUCUCUGUUCCAGGCUCAGCUGGAGCUGCAGGCGGGUCAGCGAGCUCAGAGGCAGGCGGCCAGAACCCAGGAAGACCUGAGCCGAGCCCUGCAGAGGCUGGAGAAAGACCUGCAGGGGGCGCUGCAGCACAGGAGGGAGACGGAGAGUUACAACCAGGAUCUGCAGCUGGCUCUGGAGAAAGCACGCUCGGUUCUGCAGGAGAGAGAGGAGCAGCUGAUGAACGGAGAGCGAGCGAGGCAGAGGGAGGAGGAGGAGUCACAGAAGACCAUCAGAGAGCUGAAGAUGUCCCUGCAGACCAAAGAGCAGCUGCUGCAGGAUUACUGUGAGCUGUUGGAUGAUCCAAAGGAGAAGAGAGACUCUCAACUUCAGAAACUCCGACAGAGAAUCCAGGAGAGAGACCGAGCUCUGGAGCGAGCGGUGGAUGAGAAGUUCCGCUGCGUGGAGGAGAAAGAGGAGGAGACGCGUCGGCUGCAGCUGCUCCUCCGAGAGAAGGAGAGAGAUCUGGAGAGACAACGCUGCGUCCUGGCCAACAACGAGGAGACCAUCACUAGCCUGGAGGUCCUGGUUCGGGGUAAGUCUCUGGAGCUGGAUCAGGUGUGUGACUCGUGGAGGAACGCUCAGCGUCAGCAGCAGGACAGCGAUGAGAGACAGAUCUACAUCCUGAGAGAGAGAGACUCCAUCAUCAGCCAGCUGCAGGCGGCGCUGCACGCUCGCACGCAGGAGGCGCAGGAUCUUCGGUGUUCUCUGCUGACUCAGAUCCAAUCAGCUCCCAGCGAUAUCCUGGAGGAGUUGAAGCUCCGCCUCCAGCUGAAGGACCGCCUCUUCCAGGAAGUUCUGGGAGACCGAACCCGUCAGGCUCAGGAGCACCAGGAGCAGGUCCACGAUCUGCUGAGGAGCAUCGGCUCCAGAGAUCAGUACAUCCAGGACUCGGCCAGCCGGCUCAGUGAGGUGAUGUCAGAGCAGACGACUCGGCUGCAGGAGCUCCGUAAACAGCUGAGCUCGGGAGUCGGAUCGAGGUCCGACUUGGAUCCGGACUUGGCGGCGGAGUUCCAGGCGGUUCAGGAGGAGCUGCGUCUGGUUCUGAGGAGAGAGAAGGAGAACCAGGAGCUGAGCAGGAGUCACAGCGCCAGGAUGGAGGCCAUGAGCAGGAGUCUGCACGUGAAGGAGGAGAUCAUCAGGGACUUCCAGAGGCAGCUUGUCGACCCCUCUGACCUCCCUCUGGUUGAACGUCUCACCCAGGAGCUCCAGGAGUUGAGGGAGGUUCAGCUGGACGUUCCCCCAGCCAGAGGCCCCGUUUUGGGCCGUGACCGAGCCAACGGCAGGCAGCCUGAGUUUGGAGAACUGAGCUCAGAGGAUGAAGACGAGGCUGACGAUGAUCUGAACAGCGAAUACACGGAGAGCGUCGGUGAAGACGAGUCCAAACUGAGCGUCCAGUCUCUGGAGAACACCGAGAGCUCUGGACGUCCAGGAGCAGCUUCCUCCCAGGAUCUGAUGUUCGAGGGUCAGGGUCUGAUGGAGGUCAAACAGCUGGUGGAGCAGAAGAGAGCGGUGGAGAGAGAGCUGGGAGAGUUAAAGGCUCAGCUGGAGAAGACCGGCUUCUCCUCGCUGUCACAGAUGAGGAAAGCUCUGGUUAGUCUGCGAGCUGAGAACGAAGAUUUAAAGCAUCAGCUGCAGCCUGACUGCACACACAGCGAUGAGCAGAAGGUGCUGAACGGCGAGGAAGAGGAGGAGGAAGAGGAGGAGGAGGAAGAGUUGGAUGUGACCAUAGAGGAAGAGGAGGAGGAAAGCUCUGAGCUGUGGGAAGCUUGGGACGGUGAACUCUCUCUUUCUGAAGGGAAACAAACAACAACCAAUAAAAUCCAGAGCGAUGAAGAGCCGAGGAAGAAGAGAGGAGACAGACCUGAGGCUCUGCACCUCCUCAUCAACUCCUCACAGGAUGAGGACAGCGAGCGGUCGGCCUGCAGGCAGCAGAAGUCGGUGCGUCUGCAGCUUCACAGUAAAGACCUGCAGGAGAGACUGAUGGUCUCUGAAGCUACAGUUCAGGCUCAAGCUGAACAGCUCAAAGACUACAGAGAGCUGCUCACGGAGACAGCAGUGCAGCAGGACAGUAAGCAGAUCCAGGUUGAUCUUCAGGAUUUGGGUUAUGAGACUUGCGGCCGCAGUGAGAACGAAGCGGAGCGAGAAGACACCAGCAGCCCAGAGUUUGAUGACCUGGAGAUGUGCACGUCUCUGGACUGCGGCUCCCAGUGGUGGCCUACCAACACCACCAGCACCAACACCAGCAGCAGCUCCACCUUCACUAAGCCCACCGCUCAGCCCUCAGCGUACGGAGACGAGGCGUCCUCCCUGCAGCGCCUGGUGGAGGACCUCCGCUCUCAGCUGUCCCGCUCUCAGGCUGUGAUCCGCGGCCUGCAGAGCCGCCUGCGCUCCCUCUCCACCUCCAGCGACUAUGGACCCUCCACCCCUCGAAAGGUGAACUGGUCCUUCCAGGCGUCUCCCUCCCAGAGCGGGGCGGAGGAGGAUGAAGGCUGGCAGUCGUCUGAUGGAGGUCCCCUGGCUUCACCUCGUCAUCCUCACCCAGACAAGAACCUGCAGGAGCUGGUGUCCCGCGUGGACGCGCUGGAGGAUCAGCUGAGGAAAGGAGGCAAGAAGACAGUCAGCGAGGAGGGGAAGUCUGCCACCUGGCCGGGUAAAUUCGACUCUCUGAUCAAGUCCCAGGCCCGCGAGCUGUCUCACCUCCGCCAGCGUCUGCGUGAGGGCCGAGGCGUGUGUAACAUCCUCACGCAGCACCUCGGGGACACCACCAAGGCCUUCGAGGAGCUGCUGAGAGCCAACGACAUCGACUACUACAUGGGCCAGAGCUUCAGGGAGCAGCUGGCUCAGAGCAGCGCGUUGGCUCAGAGAGUCGGCACAAAGAUCAGCGGACGAGAUCAACCUGAAGACCCAGACGAGAAGACAGAGCUGCUCGCCAUCCGGCUCAGUAAGGAGCUGCAGCAGAAGGACAAAAUCAUCGAGUCUCUCCGCACCAAACUGAACCAGCAGCAUCAUCAUCAUCAUCACCUUCAUCAUCGCUCCACAACGCCCUGCAGUAGCCACGCCCUCUCCGAGACCACCGACCAAUCGGAUCGCAUCUCCUACGUGUCCGAUGAGCAGGGCUCGACCAAUGAGGACCUGGAACUCUGCUCGGACGGAGACGGAGCCAGCGAGCUCGGACAGGAGGAGACGCAGACUCCUGCAAGAGGAGGCGCAGAUUGUCACUCUCUCAGUGGCAGCUUGUCCCGCCUCCCGUCUGUCCCUCCAUCCAUCACCUCCUCAUCCCACAGCACCCAGUCCUGCCUCAGCAUGCAGUACCCCGGCCCCCCCCGGCCCCCUCGGCCCCCCCCUCAGAGCUGCUGCAGACCUGCACCCUCACUCAGGCUUCUCCACUCCUCAGUCCAAACCUCUGCAGGGUUUGCCGUUGUUGUCCCAGCAGCAGACGGACUCUUCUGGCUUCCUGCCCUUCUCUUACCACGGAUACCAGCCGUCUCCUUUCAGCAGCGCCGCCAGCAGCAGCCUGGACGCCAGCCUGGCCAUGAAGGCCGGCGCCAGCCUGCUGGAGAGCAGUGCAUUGUGGGAUAUGGCGUACGGCACACGGUCGAUGAGAGUCGGAGCCGAUCUGUCGUCAGGAUCCUCCGGGUAUCAGUCAGGAACCAGCCACACAGGUUCAGACCUGAUGAAGGAACAUCUGAGAGAAAUCCGCAGUCUGAGAGAAAGACUGGAGGACUCCAUCCAGACCAACGACCGCCUCCGUCAGCAGCUGGAGGAGAGACUGGCUCGCACCGCCACAGAGAAAGGAGCUCCCACUAACAUCUACAUCCAGGGUCUGGACUCAGUAGGUCAGCUGUCCAGUGAGCUUCGGCUGCUGAAGGAAGAAAACAUCAGUCUGCAGAAUCAGCUGAAGCAAACAUCCAGAGAGGGCAGUAAGGAGGCGGAGC